GCUUUCUCUACAACCACCACAUACUUUCUUCAAGGCCGCCAGGGUCGUCCAGCUACCGAUCUUAAUGUCUCGUUUCGUCAGAGCAUCCAAAUACCGCCACGUCUUUGGCCAAUCCGCGAAGAAAGAAUAUGGAUUUGAGAACGCCAAAGUGACCAACAGCGCCUGGGACACGAACAUCGUGUCUGCAUCUGGUCAAUAUCUUAGCAUCAACUGGAACUCCUCGGGAGGCGGCGCGUUCGCGAUCUUGCCCCUGCCAUCCCCGUUCCAUGGCCUCAACGGAUUCCCCCACAAGUUGCCCGAUAGUCUACCCCUGGCCCGCGGACACACCGCAACCGUCCUCGACACCGACUGGUCCCCCCACAACGACUCGGUCGUCGCAUCUGGUGGUGAAGACGGAAAGGUCCUGGUCUGGAAGGUCGACUCCUCUGCUUUCGAGGGCUGGGGCCAGGAAGGCUGGGCUCCCCAAGAUUUCGACCCUGUUGCGCGUCUCGAUGCCUCGGCGCGCAAGGUCGGACAAGUUCUGUUCCACCCUACCGCUUCCAACGUUCUUGCCAGCGCGUCUGGCGAUGCCACCGUUAAGCUUUGGGAUCUGGCAAACCCCGAGGACCCCAGGGUCACCCUGACCGGCCACGGCGACAUCAUACAGUCCCUGACAUUCAACCCUACCGGUACCCUCCUCGCCACCACCUGCAGAGAUCGUAAACUCCGUAUCUUCGAUCCUCGAGCUGGCUCUGAGGCUGUCAGGAUCAAUGAUGGUCACAGUGGCAUCAAGGGCUCGCGGGUCGUCUGGAUGGGCGAUUUGGACAGGCUCGCCACCACGGGCUUCAGCAAGAUGUCUGAGCGCCAAACUGCCAUUUGGGAAACCGGCAGCCUCUCUAACCUUAAGACUAUCUCCUUGGAUCAAUCAGCCGGUGUUGUCAUGCCCUUCUGGUCCGACAACAACAUCCUCUUCCUUGCCGGCAAGGGAGAUGGAAACAUUCGUUACUACGAGUACGAAUCCGAUUCACUCUUCGCCUUAGCAGAAUACAAGUCCUCCGAGCCGCAACGUGGAAUGUGCUUCCUUCCUCGCCGUGCUCUCAACGUCUCAGACUGUGAGAUCGCACGAGCCUACAAGGUGCAUGGUUCUUCCGUCGAACCCAUCGCCUUCAUUGUUCCUCGUAAAGCCGACUCCUUCCAGUCGGACAUCUACCCGCCAGCCCCGUCAAGCGAGCCUUCCCUCUCAGCCUCCGAGUUCUUCAACGGCAAAAACGCUCCGGCGAACUACAUCAACCUCUCAGAUGGCAGUGCUGCAUCAGGCCCGCGAUCUUCUGCUGCCCAAUCAAGUGUGUCCUCUCCAGUCACCGCUACCCUGCCAACUAGGUCCUUCACCGCUUCGGCACCCGCACCAGCCGCUGCUCCUUCCCCUGUUGCACCGUCUGCUUCAACAUAUACCCCUGCUGCUGUUUCUGAGCCCACUCCCGUGACGCCCAAGCAUUCAGAACCCAGUUUCACCGCUCCGGCUGCAUCUCGCUCUCAAUCUAUUAGCAAUAGUGGUGCCGAGGCUGCUUUGAGAGAAGAGAACGCUCGCCUUACAACCGAGCUCCGGGAGGCCCGAGAGAAGAUCCGGAACCUGGAAUUGCAGGUCGAAACGAUCCGUGCCAAUGCACGCAAGGCUGCCCAAGCCCUCCUCGAGGGGGCAUGA